AAGGUUUGCAGUGGCGGCAUAUCUCCCACACUUAAAUUUACACUUCUCAAUUCUUUCUUUUUGGGUAGUUUUUAAGCUCAGCUAAUAAUGAUAAUAAUAAUAAUAAUAAAAAUGUCGGUCACCACCACCAGCUAUGGCAUCCGCUCGUUCGCUGCAGCGGCCUCGUCCGCCUCCUCCUCUUCUUCCGCCGCCCCAAGGCUCUUUCCUUCUCUCCGCGUUUCUUCUUCCUAUCGUUCGUCCUUCACCGCUUCUCCCUCCAACUCAAUCAUGACUGAUGUCACCGCCAUGGACGCUGUCCACAGACGCCUCUUGUUUGAACACGAAUGCAUAUUGGUUGAUGUCAAUGAUCAGGUCGUCGGCCAUGAUACCAAAUACAAUUCUCGCCACCUGAUGGAGAAGAUUAAGUCUGAGAAUUUGUUGCAUAGGGCUUUCAGUGUGUUUCUGUUUAACUCAAACUAUGAGUUAUUGCUUCAGCAACGAUCUUCGAGAAAGGUUACCUUUCCCUUGGUGUGGACGAACACCUACUGCAGUCAUCAACAGAACAGACCGCUGCCCGCUAGAUUGGUAUUUUGUACAACCAGGACAGGCAUCAUCAACCCCAACCAUAAAAUCAAGCACUUGGUGUGUUACUCCACAUUUUCUCACUUCAACGCACAGGCUUGUCACUCCACUCUCAUAAAAAAUGGCUCUACCCGCACUCUGCAUCUUAUUAACUACCUCUUGAGCCUCUACUUGAGAAAUUCUGAUUCACAUCAUGCCAGGAAGUUGUUCGAUGAAAUCCCUGAAAGAGAUGUUAGAACUUGGACAAUUCUCAUAUCGGGCUUCUCUAGGUACGGGCAUCACAGGAUUGCCUUGGAUUACUUUGCUCAGAUGCAGAAUCAGGGAGUUGUAUCUCCCAAUGCCUUCACUUUGUCCACUGCACUCAAAUCUUGUGCUUGUGUUAAUAAUGGGCUUCAAAUGGGGAAGUCAAUUCACGGUUGGAUGAUAAGAAAUGGGAUUGAUGCCGACAUUGCAUUGAACAAUGCUGUUCUUGAUCUUUAUGCUAAAUUCAGAGUGUUUGAUUAUGUGAAAAGAUUCUUUGGCUUGAUGGAUGAUAAAGAUUCUACUUCUUGGAACAUAGUGUUGGCUGCAAAUUUAAGUAAGGGUGAGAUGGACCAAAGUCUUGGUCUUUUCUGGAGGUUGCCAACCAAGAGUGUUUCGACUUGGAAUACAAUCAUUGAUGGACUUUUACAACAUGGAUUCAACAGGUGCGCACUGGAGCUUCUGUAUGAGAUGGUGAAAGUUGGACCUGCUUUUGACAGAGUUACAUUUUCUAUAUCAUUUGUUUUGACAUCUUCAUUGAAGAGUUUGGAACUAGGGAGGCAGAUCCACUGCCAGCUACUUCGAAUUGGGAUAAAUGAAGAUUAUUUUGCAAGCACUUCACUUCUUGAUAUGUACUGUAAGUGUGGGGAAAUGGAGAAGGCUUCGAUGGUUUUCCGAGAAUUACAACUCAGAUGUUCUAAGGAAUCUCAUGAUGAUUUAAUGGCUCGAACUGUUUCUUGGAGCACAAUGAUUGCUGGGUAUGUUCAACAUGGUAUGAUAAAAGAUGGCAUGGUAUAUUUCCGCUCCAUGAUUCAUGAGCAACUUGAGGUGGAUCUAUUUACUCUCACUACUAUUGUUACUGCGUGUGCUGAUACUGCUUUGUUGGAGCUCGGUCAGCAGAUUCAUGCUCGUACACUUAAAUUAGGACAUGCGCAAGAUAUUAUCUUGUGUUCAUCCAUGAUUGACAUGUACGCCAAAUGUGGAGAGUUGGAUGAUGCUUGGUCAUUUUUCAGGCUAACUCGAACUAGGAAUAUAGUGCUUUGGAGUGUUAUGAUAUCAAGUUAUGCAAUGCAUGGGUGGGGAAAAGAAGCCAUACAGCUAUUUGAGUUGAUGCAAAAUGAGGGUAUUAGACCGAAUGAAGUGAGUUUUAUUGGGCUUCUCACUGCGUGUAGCCAUGCUGGUUUGUUAGAAGAGGGCUGCAAGUAUUUUAGGAUGAUGAUAGAUGUUUAUGGAAUCCAACCUGGUAUUGAACAUUUCGCUUGCAUGGUAGAUCUUUUUGGCCGAGCAGGUCACUUGAAAGAGAUCAAAGAUUUUGUUUAUGAGAAUGGGAUCCAUCAUCUGCAAGAAGUCUGGAGAGCAUAUUUAUCUUCUUGCUGGCUUCACAAGAAUGUUGAGAUGACCAAUUGGGUCUCCAAGAAACUGCUUGAACUUGAGCCACAUGAAGCUGAUCCUUACCUUCUCAUAUCAAAUACUUAUUCAGCAAACCAUAUUUGGGAGGAGGCAGCUAAAAUUAGGGGUUCAAUGCAGGAAAGGCAAGUUAGAAAACUUCCUGGUCAAUCUUGGAUCUAUUGACAAAAAAUCAGUGUUUGCUGCAUUUGACACAGGUCUCUCCAGUCACACUGUUGAAUGGACUUCCUUAAUUGAUUUAAAUGGUGGGGAAACAUUGAUGUUAUGUCGCAUGAACGAAUGAGUAAAAGGCGAAGCAGCUUGCUGCUUUCGUAACUAAGUCCUCGAUUAAUAUCGUCUCCCCUUGCACAAAAAUGGGCAUUCCAUGGACAUGGGUUGAACAUGCAUCAACCUUGAAACAUGUCAAUUUAAGAUCCAUUGCAAUCAGAGAGAUAUCUUGAAAUUUGCAAAAGGAAAUUGGCUAGCUAUGAUGUUGGACGACUUGUUUCAAUGAAUUACCAAGCACGAAAGAUUGGGGAUAAUGGCUGCAGGUGCAUUUGGAGUGCCACAAGGUCGAAUCUGCUCUUCCUUUGGGGUGCUGGACCUGUGGAGAGUUUGCCUCAGUUCCCCUGCCUACACAUAAAGCUCUGAAGAAGGGGUCAUUAUGUAUGAGUUUAAGUUUAGGAAAUUAUAGUUGGACAUGGGAACUGCAUACAACUGUUUUGAAGGGGAAUACAACAUCUGAUUUACCAGAGAUUCCAAAAGCCUGAUUUUCCGUUGUUAUUCUUGGGAGCUUCACCUUUAGUUGGACCGAUACCUGAUGCUCAGUGCUAUGGAGGACAUCAGUUCAGAAUGCGGGCUGGGCAGUUGAGAGAUGGUCGGGAAAUCACUGUAGGAGAGGUUCUCAAUUGAAGGUCUCAGAGGUGGGAAUUUCAGCUUAAGAGUGCUGGAAAGACCCCAUACAGUAGGUUUUGCUGAUGGUCUUGCAGUCUUAUGCCGAGUAGUAUCUGAGAAUUCUGUGCAAUGAGGCAAUGGAUUCAGAGGCCCUCAAACGUUAACAACCAAGGUAAUUUAUUGAACCACCUUCUUAGGAAAUUUGAUUGAGGAUAUGAUGAGGUGAGGCGCUGUAAAGAGGAAAGAGGAUGUUCAUAGAUUGAGGUUUUUCUGGUCAGUCAUUUUUAUGCAUUUGGUACCUUUUAACAUUUGAAUCAGUGAGAGUUCAGAGCAGAAUGCCUUUUCUGAUAUUGUUGAUGAACUCGAAGGUCCAAAUUUUGACUUGAAUUUCAGAAAUCUAACUAUGGCAAGGCGUGUAUAUUGUACGAAGUAGCAUCAGUGGUGUUUAAAGAGUCUGCUUUCAGAAUACUACAUCAAAGACCUCCAAGAGAAAUACUACACCUAAGUAAAUCUCUGUGUGCAGCUUAAUAAUACAUUAAUUAUUGGCAGAACACGAGUCAAAAUAUUAUAGAGGACUAAGCCUAUAUAAACUUCUUCAAAGUUCUGAUUUCUCAUUGCACUCAACAAAAGGGCAUAAUCAAUGGCCGACUAAAUGUUAUGGUGAGACAAUUGAAAGGAAACAACAUAUUACCAGAAAAAAAGACAUCAGUUAAAACAAUGUAAGAUGAUGGACCAAAACAUAAAUUUAUUAGUAAGAAAGGCAAUACAUCAAUUGAGCUAACAAGUUGUACGCCCUUCUUCAUAGUUAAAUGCGACAAAUGAGGGAAGAAUACCUGUAGAUAUCGGCAUUCACUUGGAAGUGUGAGACGCAUGUGUAGAAAACUCCUUUAUUCAAGACCUAACAUCUGGGGUAUCUCCAAUAAACUAAGCGACCUCCAUCAUCUACUUGGAAUCCGAAAUG